CCAGGAGCAAAUGCACAAGAAGUUGUCGACUGCAUGAGAUUUUAGUAACUCCUCACACUAUACUUUGCAAUCAUGCCUUUUGGACAGCUAGUAGUGGGGUCUCCCGGCGCUGGGAAGAGCACCUACUGUGAUGGCAUGCAUCAAUUUCUAGGCGCAAUAGGGAGAGCUUGUUCUGUAGUAAACCUUGACCCGGCCAACGACCAUACGAGCUAUCCAUGUGCCCUGGACAUACGAAAUCUUGUCACGCUGGAGGAAAUCAUGGGAGACGACAACUUGGGGCCAAACGGUGGCAUCCUCUACGCUAUUGAAGAGCUGGAGCAUAACUUCGAGUGGUUGGAAGAAGGUCUGAGAGAGCUCGGGGACGACUAUAUACUAUUCGACUGCCCAGGCCAAGUCGAGCUGUACACACAUCACAAUUCAUUGCGCAAUAUCUUCUUCAGGUUACAAAAGCUCGGCUACAGACUUGUCGUUGUUCACCUCUCGGACAGCAUUUGCCUCACUCAGCCAUCCUUGUACAUCUCGAAUCUCCUCCUUGCCUUGCGCGCCAUGCUCCAGAUGGACCUUUCCCAUGUCAACGUCCUCACCAAGAUUGACAAGGUCUCGUCCUAUGACAGACUCGCCUUUAAUCUCGAUUUUUACACCGAGGUCCAAGACCUUUCAUAUCUCCUCCCCGAGCUCGAAGCCGAGAAUCCCUCACUGCGCAGUGAAAAGUUCGCCAAGCUAAACAGAGCCGUCGCAAACUUGAUUGAAGACUUUGGACUCGUUCGGUUCGAGGUCUUGGCUGUCGAGAAUAAGAAAAGUAUGAUGCAUUUGCUCCGAGUGCUCGAUCGUGCCAACGGGUACGUGUUUGGUGGGGCCGAGGGAGCCAACGAUACCGUUUGGCAGGUGGCCAUGCGCAAUGAGGGCUCCCUAAUGGGUGCCCAAGAUAUCCAGGAGCGCUGGAUUGAUAACAAAGAGGCUUAUGAUGAGAUGGAGCAGCGCGAAUGGGAGGAACAGGUCAAGGCCCAAGAGGCCAUGGCCGAGGCAGCAGCGGCUGAAGAGGGCGAUGACGACUUGAUGGGGGGCCCGGGUGCUCGAUUCCCAGACAGCGGUAUCACAGUGACCCGGACAAAGAAGUGAAGGCUGCGACAGCAACCUAGAAUCAGUCACAGAUUUUAACGAGCGAAGAUCAGCCGUCGUCCUCCUCUUCCUCGUCCACUUCGCCGGCGUUGUCAUCCUCAUCUUCAGCGUCAAGAACCACACCCUGCAUGCGGUGGGCAGAGUCACUGGAGCCAAACAGUGUGUCCAGCACGUCGGAUUCUUUGCCAGCCAUUUGCUUUUCCACAGCGAGCUUCAAUGCCUUAUGUCGCCGAAUCGCCGCUGUCUCGACUUUACGCAUCGUGCCUCCAACAUGGACAACACGAAAGGUGCAGGCUUGCCCAUUCUUGAUGGGAAGCUCAUCCAUAAAAGUCAGGGCCGCCCACACGAGGCGAUAUUGCUCCCGAUGAACGCGAAGGAUGAAGGUCGAAGUAGCAUUAGACAGAUAUUUGACUAUAAAUUAGGAGAUUUCGCUCGAUAAGACCAGAGCCGUAGUCUCCAAACAAUACUCUGACCUGUUCCCGAAUUGCUCUUAGGAUAGCCUGGGGUGUCAAGUCAUUCGUUGUCGGCUUGUGAAGGACGGCGAGGUCCGGUUCGUUUGGCUUGACGUUCUUGAGCGCGUCAGGGUAGAGUAUAUUGACUAGCAAAUAUCGCUCCUUAAUACGAACCAUGACGUGCUUGUGGCUUCAGUGCGAUGACUUUUUGGCAAUUUCAAAGUUGAUGUGAUAAAAAUA